CGAAAAGUGUCACAGACCAAACAACUGUGUCCAAGAACGAGAGCCUUGCCAAGAGUUUUGGCUGCUUGGGCCGCCUUUCUAGCUGCAAGGCCAUGCCCUCCUUGCCCACACUGUCCUGGAAACCUCUGGCAGCGAUUGCCGCCGGGGCGGCAGCGCUGUUGGCAGUCAUGGUGGUGCUCCUAAAGGAAGAAGAAGAGGAUGAGCCAAAGCAGGAUGACCGGAAGGUCGUCCACGAAAUCCUCAACGAACUUGUUGAAGUCGAGGAACUGGCAAAGCGUGCCGUCGACGAAAUGGUGAAAAUGCAGCUGGAUGGCAAGGAGCUUUCUAUGGAUGAAGCAUACAAAAGAGUGGAGAAGCUGGACCUUUAUGAUCCGCUGGAGAAACGCAAGAUGGGUGUCCAAGAGUUUGAAAUGAUGGUGACUCAGUCGCAACAUGACCCCUUCGUGAUAGAGAUGAUGGCGCGGCUCUCAGGUGCUGGUCCCGCCAUGGAUCCUGCUCGUGCUAAACCGGACUUUGAUGUGGCAAAAAUCCUCGAAGUUAAGGGCUUCUCAGUGGACGAGCUUCAGCGGCAGGUGGACCGCUUCCUCAAACAGCCUGAUGCCAAGGACCGGGACUUCAAGGCUGCAACCAUCGCCCUCAAGGCGUUGGUGCACGCCCAGGUUGAGAAGAAGCAUGGUGUUUCAAACGAAGAUAUCGAGGCAGCAGCCGUUGUAAAGCAAGCAGAGCUCUUUUCGAAUCCUGCAUUUCUGGAGAUCCUCAAGAAGCAGCAGCAAGCGAUGCAGCUGUUGUUGGGCACCUGAGCAAAUCUAUUUCGAUGAUUGACAAAGGGCAAGGGCCAAUUGUUCCAAGCUUAUGGCGAACGGAAGAUGGACAAAAGGGGGGAAUUUGAGUAUUUUCCCAUUGCAAAGUUAGAUAGAUUGCAACUUCGAUCCCGUUUCUUUCAGUGAUAUUCCAUCCCUUCAACAAAGGGCAAUGGAAGGUUCCGGGAUUGUUGGGAUCAUGGAGUACGGCCGCCGACACAUUUAAAAAGGUUUUUGUUUUCUUUUUCGCAAGUUCAGGCCUUUAUUUUAACUUCAUUCCAUUAGUAGUAGUAGUAGUAGUAGUAGUAGUAGUAGAAGUAGUAGUAGUAGAAGUAGUAGUAGUAGAAGUAGAAGUAGUAAUUGUUGUUGUUGCUGCUGCUGCUGUUGUUGAAGAAACGUAGAAACGCAAGGCGUUGUGUGUGUGUGUCGGUGGCACCAUCAAGCAACGGCAUUACUCUCGAAUCAUGUAUUUGCACGCCAAGAGUUAUGAAUACAGGUUUGUGCUGUUUUGGAGCCCUGUUACAUGACAGCUACUGAUCGGUGUAUAUUUCAGGCUGACAUGCUUGAGAAUGUAUGUCGUAACUUGUCAGCCACUUGCAAAUUAUCAUAGACCCUUUUACCACCAUCAGACCUCACCGAUCACAUUUUCGUAAGGCGUGACUAUGUCUGCACCGCCGCCACCUGACAUUGGUGGUGGGCUGGACUGAAGCCCUGAGAAGUCCUGCAAUGACCGGCAAUGAUGCCAUUUUGUACAUUAGCAAGGUCUUCGAGAAACCCAUGGCUUCCAAUGUUCAGUGACAUUUCCGUUGAGUGUUUUGUACAGAGACUUGAAGUUCCAGCAAAAUCGGUGUUUUCUCAACAUCAACAUCAUGCGCCUUCCAAACAAUGCUACGCGUCUUCUGUUUGUUCCGGGCGUUGUUCUGGCCUCACAAAUAGUUCUGGCCAGGGGAUCAGAGGAUUCUGCGACCCAGAGUGCCCGUACAUAGAUAGACAUAUUGUCCUGUUAAGAGGGUCGAAGUUGUUCUUUGCAUCUGCUACGGCAAGAAGCCAGACAGUAUGUUUUCUGGUUGGAUUCUAUUUGAUCAAUCCGCGGCUUCUACAAGCACGAAGAGAUUCAAACAUAUGUAUAUACAGGACAUGCAAUGUACAUUUGUAUAUUUGACGCUCAGCGAUGAGCGAUGUUUUGACUUUUUUUCCCCCUCUUCCUUAGCCUUAGAUCACCUCUUAUGCAUACUCUCAGUAAUACUGCAAGUACAUGUUAGAGUCGAUCUGCGACACAUGCAACGAUGAACUGGAGCCAACGUCGGGCACAGAGGCAUGUUCAGUAGGCCGCCAAGGAUACAUGUGGCCCCCAAAUUGAUUGAACUAGUGUUUACAGGAUGGUGGACUUAUGUUCUCUCCUCAAAUUGUUCCCUUUGAUUGAUUUGAGUGCCA